AUGUUUGCCAUCCCUUCUUCGGUGCCCAGCACCUUCGUCGUCGCCGGCCCUGGUCACCCCCACGGGGCCGCGACCACCACCUCGACCCCCACCGCUGCCACGGGCCACUCUGUGCCCGAAAACUCCGUGGCCCCGAUGAUGGGCGUCGUUGUGGCCGUGACGGUCACCAUCAUCGUGGGCCUAGCCCUGGGUUUCUCGCUGUGGGUUCGCCGGGCCAUCUGCAGCCUUCGCAGAGACGGCCCCCGCCGGAGCAGCGCAAUCUUUGCUCCGCCGUUCACCGGGGUCACCGUCGACCCCGCGAGCCGCAGCCGCCGCAGCCGCCGCAGCCGCGCCCGCGGCACCACCACCACCACCGGCGGCGUUAACCUGCGCACGUUCGCCGGGGACGCCGCCGCCGCCGCCAUGGACGCCCACGCCCGCGAGGAGAGCCGCCGCCUACGGGACGAGGGGCUCAACGAGCUCGGGGAGGCCCCGCCGACGUACAAGCCCGUCGAGGACGACGCCGACGGCAACGCCAAUGUCGACCCCCCGGCGUACACGCCCACCGCCGCCGAUGCCGCCGCCGCCCUCGGCCCAACCCCCCCACCCCCCGUCCACGCCCGCCACGACCCCGGUACCCCGGCGGAACUCCCGCCGCGGUACCCCUCGCCGAUCCCGCUGGAUGACCUGCGGCCACGGCCUGGCGGGUACUCGAACCCGCCAACAUAA